AUGUCUGCUAAGAUCGUUUCAGUUCACGCUCGUCAAAUCCUAGACUCCAGAGGUAACCCUACUGUUGAAGUGGAUCUUACUACCGAGCAAGGGUGCUUCAGAGCCGCUGUGCCUUCUGGUGCUUCCACAGGUAUAUACGAAGCUCUUGAACUUCGCGACGGUGACAAAUCCACCUACCUUGGUAAGGGAGUUUUGAAGGCGAUCAAUAAUGUGAACACAAUCAUUGCUCCUGCGCUUGUGGGAAAGGAUGCUACGGACCAGGCGGGUCUGGACAAGCUCAUGGUUGAAAGUCUUGACGGAACUCAGAACGAGUGGGGUUGGUGCAAACAGAAGCUUGGAGCGAAUGCCAUUCUCGCUUGCUCAAUGGCCAUUUCAAGGGCAGGUGCUGCUGCUUCCAAGAUGCCCCUUUACAAAUAUGUUGCCAAACUCGCUGGCAAACCCACUGAAAAGUUCUGCCUCCCUGUGCCAGCUUUUAACGUGAUUAAUGGUGGCUCUCAUGCCGGGAAUAAGCUAGCAAUGCAGGAGUUCAUGAUUCUGCCUGUUGGAGCCUCCUCGUUUUCGCAAGCUGUUCAGAUGGGUGCUGAGGUCUAUCACAACCUCAAGAGCAUCAUCAAGAAGCAGUACGGCAUGGAUGCCACCAACGUUGGAGAUGAGGGUGGAUUCGCUCCGUCCAUUCAGGACAAUUUCGAAGCUCUCAACCUUCUCGUGGAAGCCAUUAAGGCGGCUGGACAUGAUGGUAAGGUGAAGAUUGGUACCGAUAUUGCCGCUUCCGAGUUCUUCAAGGAGGGUGGGAUGUACGACUUGGAUUUCAAGAACAAGGACUCCGACAAAUCGAAGUGGCUAAAGGGAGACCAACUUGUUAAGGUGUACAUGGAGUUCGUUGACAAGUACCCUAUGGUGUCCAUUGAAGAUCCUUUCGAUCAGGACGACAUUGCAGCUUGGACGAACAUGCAGAAGGAGCUUGGAAGCAAGAUCCAGAUUGUCGGUGAUGAUCUGCUC